AUGACCGCCCGCUUGGUCUUGGUCAUUGGUGACUUGUUCAUCCCUGACCGAGCUCCGGAUCUCCCCGUCAAGUUCCGCAAACUCCUCACACCCGGCAAGAUCGGCCAGACGCUAUGCCUGGGAAACCUGACCGACCGUGAAACCUAUGACUUCCUCCGCAAUGUAGCCCCAGACCUGCAGAUGGUCAAGGGCGACUUUGAUGUGGACUCUCCCAACCUCCCUCUUUCCAAGAUUGUGAACCAUGGCAGUCUCCGAAUCGGCUUCACCCACGGCCAUACCAUCGUACCGCCCGCCGAUGCCGAUGCAUUGCUUAUCGCGGCCCGCCAGAUGGAUGUCGAUGUCCUCUUGUGGGGUGGAACACACCGCUUUGAAGCGUUCGAAAUGGAGGGCCGAUUCUUUAUCAACCCGGGCAGUGCAACGGGGGCCAUGAGCUCGGGCUUCUGGCCAGAUGGAGAGGAGCCUACGCCAAGUUUCUGUCUGAUGGAUAUUCAAGGGGAUGUGCUUGUGUUGUAUGUGUAUCAGCUGAAGACCGAUGCCAACGGGGUAGAGAACGUGGCCGUUGAGAAGGUCUCCUUCCGCAAGAAUCAUCCCCCGGGGGCGUGA